UGGAAUAGGUCGCGAAACACUCAUCUGACGACUGCAUUCAGAAGUCGAGGAACCGUGACUUCACGCCCGUGACACACACCGCGAUUACCGCACGCACGAGACUUCAGGUCUUAAUUGAUAAUCGUUAUCGAAGAUGGCUGAAUCUUUGGAGCAGAUGCCAAAGUCGGAGACGAUUCGACUUCGAGAGCGUUACAUCGGACAAGCUUGCAAAUUGUUUUACAAAUCGAACCCGUUGAAAAUAGUACGAGCCGAGAAACAGUACAUGUACGACGAGAAAGGCAACGAAUACUUGGAUUGUAUAAACAACGUCGCUCAUGUGGGUCAUUGUCAUCCGACGGUGGUGCGCGCGGGCCAGCAGCAAAUGGCACUGUUAUCUACCAACAACCGUUUCCUGCACGACGAUUUGGUGAUCUGCGCGCGUCGUUUGACCUCCAUGCUUCCGGAACCGCUCUCGAUCUGUUUCCUGGUGAACUCUGGCAGCGAGGCCAACGAUCUCGCUCUUCGUCUCGCUCAGACUCACACUAAGAACAAAGACAUCAUCACUCUGGACCAUGCUUAUCACGGCCAUUUGACCUCGAUGAUCGAUAUAUCGCCGUACAAGUUCAAUAAGCCGAACGGACCUGGCAAGAAGGACUGGGUUCACGUGGUAAGGAACCUCUCAAGUCUUAAAAAUCAAUAUGCACGUGUUAUGACAUUAAAAUACCGGAAACGCGAAGAACUUUGUAAGAUAUUGGAUUAUAGGCACGUCAGAGAAGCUGGAGGUGUUUGUAUUGCUGACGAGGUUCAGGUCGGUUUUGGAAGGGUCGGCAGCCACGCGUGGGCCUUUCAACUAUAUGGCGAGGACGUGGUUCCGGACAUAGUCACCGUGGGAAAGCCCAUGGGCAAUGGGCACCCCGUGGCAGCGGUCAUUACGACCCCUGCGAUUGCUGGCAGUUUCAAAGACACCGGGAUAGAAUAUUUCAACACGUACGGAGGGAAUCCAGUGUCCUGCGCCAUAGCUAACGCCGUGAUGGAGGUGAUGGAACGAGAGAAUCUUCAACAGAAUGCGGACGAAGUCGGCAAGCAUUUAAUGGCGGAGCUGAAGAAGUUGGCCUCGCGACGGAAGAUCGUCGGCGACGUCCGCGGCGUUGGAUUGUUCGCAGGGAUCGAAUUAGUGCUCGACAGGGUGAAGAGGACUCCUGCGACUGCGGAAGCGAAGUAUGUGGUCUCCAGGAUGAAGGACAGGAAGAUACUGAUAAGUAGCGACGGUCCGGACGACAAUAUUCUGAAAGUGAAGCCACCGAUGGUGUUCACCAUCGAGAACGUGAACGAUUUGGUGUCCACGUUGGACGAAGUGCUCGGGGAAGUCGACAUCGAAAAAGAAUAUGAGCCCGCGACGACGAUCCUGAAGGCAACGAUCUCACAAAUGGACGUUGAAACAGAGAAGGCCGCGUGUCCGAAUGGGAAGCCUGUGUUCGUUCGCGCUAAUUAACGUUUGACCACCCUAAUACUCGUUCAUACAUACUUAUGAACCAAUUGUACGCGGCGUAUUUAAAGUAUUAUUUCCUCGUGAAAUGAACGAUUACCACCGUUACAUCUGUCGUGCAGAUUUAUCAAAAUGAAUAAUACGAAUAACGUAAGAAUUGGCCAGAGAGAGAUGAGACUAGAUUUAAUUAAGCGUCGGCUCGUGAUAUUACAAUGUAAAAAAUAUACCUAAAUAAACAUUAUUUUUACAUGUUAA